AUGGGUGGCCGUUCCCUGCAUGAACAGACAGGUUUCUUUGUGUACGAGGGCAAAGCGAAAGAGGCAGAGUGGCUGACGGUGGCUGUGGAAAAAAUGUGGGAGUACAUAGAGAAGUCCAUCGAGAAACUUCUAAAGGAGGACAUUACAAACCUAAUAAGAGACGAGCUGCCCUUGAUGAACUCCUUUGAGUUCACGAAGUGCAAGUUUGGAUCCCACACCCCACGGUUUGGGCCGCUAAAAGUUCGUGCAAAGGACAACUGCGUGGAGCUGCUGAUUGACAUGCACUGGAUAGCAGCGGGCGCGGAGAUUGAGGUGGCAAUGGGCACCAUGAAGCUGGGGAUGAAAGAUAUCGAGCUCCAUGGACCCAUCCUCCUGGUUUUCUGUCCUUUAAUGUCCGAGCUGCCUAUCACCGGUGGCAUGAGCAUCACUUUCCCCGAUCCGCCCGCGCUCUCCUGGAAGUGGACAGGCCUCGGCAAGGCCCUGGCCGUCGAUGUCAUCCGGAAAGGGAUCGUUCACGCCAUCUUCCAGACACUCGUGGUGCCCAGCCGGGUCUAUGUGGACAUUGCAGAUCUGGCCAGCCACCGCCAUGAUGAGCUGCGUGUGGAGACCUUUCGGUCUCCAGCACCCAUCGGGGCAUUGCAUUUGGUGGUCCUGGAGGCCCGCAACUUGCCAGCAGCUGACUUCGGCUUCACGGGCAAAGGCUCCUCCGACCCCUAUGUCGUAAUCAAGAUUGGCAGUAGCAGUUUCCAAACAAGCUGUCAAGUCAAGACCUUGAAUCCUGUUUGGGGGCCGGCCCACUCAUGCGAUCUUUUGGUCUACCACAUGGAGCAACAUGUCUUCGUGGAAGUGUGGGACAGCGACUUGGUCACGGCAGACGACCUGCUGGGACAUGUAGAGAAGGGCGGAAAGAGGCCAACAGUGGCCGACUUUGUCGAAAAAUCGGAGACUGAAAGAUGGUGGACGCUAGAAACAGAAGAGAAAAUGGAGAUCCAGCCAGAGGUCAAGCUUCGAUGCUUCUUUCGUGAGGUUCCGCAGGACACCAACUGCAUCCGUCCGAUUCCUGUCAACUGCAACGACCGGUGCGGGCUGGUGGAGGUUCACGGUCCGAGCAAGACGCGUCCCAGGUCUUGCUCCUUGUGCGGCAGUAGCUUCGCAAGGUCUUGGGAGCAACUUUGCUGUGGGGGUGCCCCAGUCGAACAGGGCCAGGAAUGCCGGAAGUGCAACUUUCGCUGUUGUACAGUGUGCCUCACAGCCCGACGUCCAGCAGCAGGAAUCCUUCGUAUUUGCAUCCGCGAGGGGCUAGUUCCGCCUGUGGAUGCUGCAGAGGGUGUAGUCCUUGGCGUGAGAUUCGAGGAUGAGAUGUUGUGGACCAAAGCAGCUUACAAACCCCAGUAUGUCGAGGAGUCAGGCAGAAGCGAGGCCCAGAAAUGGAUACGAAACCUUUGUGCAAGAUUCGACAAAGCUUCUGUGAGCAAGUGCUUGGGCAUGAAGCCUGACAAGAUCCAAGAGGUUUUGGACAUGAGCAUUCCGGAAGUCCGUGAGCAAGGUGAUCUUCUGCAGCAAGAGCCAGUGAUCUGGGACCAUGCGCUUCACUUCCUUGUCCGGAAUCCUCACACUGACAUUUCUGCCACAGUUGUCUACAAGGGCAAGUCGGCUAAGGUGGAGCAUGCGGUUGCAAUUUUUUCGGGGAAGAAGCUUUCGGCCGCAAAGAAGGCCGCACAGCGCUUGGCCAAGAAAAAGCUGCCUGAGGGCGAUGCACUUGCUUGCGACGCGAGCCUGGCAGAGGCCACCUGGACUUUGGACUUGGACUCCAAGUCCACGGCAGAUAUUUUCGUUGAGGUGUCCCUAACCCCCCUUGAGGCUUUCUAUUAG